AUGAAACCUGUGCAUUUGCUCAGAGCCGCGGGCCUGGGUGCCAGGAUUCUAGCACUCAUCUCCCUCCUCGCAUUCAUAUCCCCAUGGGCCGUGGGCCAGGGAGUUGGAGAGCCCGGCGGAACGUGCUCGGACUCCGUCCCAUGUUACCAGGGCUGCUGCAGUAAGGACUACUCGUGCGGCUUUACGCCUGAACACUGUGGUACUGGCUGCAUAAGCAACUGCAACGCAACGGCAGAGUGCGGGCAGUACGCACUUCCGGGGCAAUCUGACUGCCCGGUCAAUGUCUGUUGCAGCGAGUUUGGAUACUGCGGUGUCACCUCGGACUUUUGCGGCGAUGGCUGUCAAAAGAACUCCAACGGCGUUGGAUGUGGCCAGCCAGACCGUCCGUCAUGCUCCGCAAAUACAGACGCCAUGUCCUUCAAGCGGCGCAUUGGGUAUUAUGAGCUGUUCAACUACUACAAGGGUUGCAACGUGAUCGAGCCCGAGAGUCUCAUCAUCGAGCCUUUCACACACAUCAAUCUGGCGUUUGUCAACUUUGGCGACGACUACACGUUGAUUGACGAAUAUGGCGAUAUCGUCGACCGCGUCUCGUUCCUCAAGUUCUCCAACCCUGGUCUGCGCGUGAAUAUCGCUGUUGGAGGAUGGGCAUUUAGUGACGCCCCGACGCAGCACCUGUGGACGCAAAUGGCUCGCUCGCACGAGAACCGACAGACAUUCAUCAACUCUGUUGUAAAGUACCUCCAGGACUACCACCUCGAUGGUAUCGAUAUCGACUGGGAGUAUCCAUCUGCAUCAGACCGCGGCGGAGCACCGCAAGACGCCGCCAACUUUAAUCCAGGUUGGGAAAUCUCUGCCACCCUACCGACCAGCUACUGGUAUCUGCGUGGCUUCGACGUCGACCGCAUGCAAAAGUACGUCGACUACUUCAACCUGAUGAGCUAUGACCUGCACGGGAUGUGGGAUCAGGAUAGCAAGUGGACCGGUCCCUACCUGCAGGGUCAUACCGACAUCACGCAGAUUGAGCUCGGGCUGGAUCUCCUGUGGCGCAACAACAUCGACCCAGCGAACGUCGUCUUCGGGAUUGCCUUUUACGGCCGCUCGUUCACCUUGACUGAUUCCAACUGCUACCAGCCAAACGGCGAGUGCGAAUUCAGUGACGGCGGCAAACCGGGUUCCUGCUCUGAUACGACCGGUAUCCUGACAUAUGCAGAGAUCAGCUCGAGGAACAACUCGUUGGACGUGCAUACAUUCUAUGACCCGGAAACCACGGUCAAGUACAACGUCUACGAAGGGACCCAGUGGAUAUCGUAUGAUGACGAGCAGUCCUUCUUCGAUAAGAAGAAGUACGUCUCGGAGCGCUGCUUGAGCGGCUGGAUGGUCUGGGCCAUAGACCAAGAUACAGGCGAGUUUGAUGCUCUCGCCGGUCUGAUUGGCGAAGAUCUCUCCUCGCUGCAAAUGGAGGGUGGUCUCACUGGCGAUGCGGCAAACGUCCUGGCCGACACCUUUGCCGCGUACACUGGUCAGAACUGUUUCGUGACACCUCGCUGCACGGACGGCUCGAGCAAGGAAAAGAAUGCUGACCAGGUGUGCCCUUCGGGCUACCUCUCUGUUGACACAGCGCACAAUCCGCUCCAGGCAGGAAACAGAGAGUUGAAUGGAGAUUGCGCGGAGGGGUGGUACCGCCAUAUCUGCUGUCCAAAGGACGCCAUGCCCAAGAACUGCAGGUGGAACGGGGCUCCAGAGCGCAGCGAAUUUGGGUGCGACGGAAAAUGCGGCAGUAACCAGUUCAAGCUGAAUCAGGAUACGGCGCUCGACGCCAUGGGCGAAGGGCAAUGCUUUACCGGAGCGCGCUACAUCUGCUGUGAUUCUGCCGCCAUGUUCUCCGACUGCAUGUGGACCGGAUGCCAGGGCCCGCUCAUGCCAUACACUCCCGCCGAAUGCCCAGCGGACUAUUACUACCAAACGUUCCGCUGGGACAAGCCCGACGGCACGCCGUGGUGUUCAGAUACAUACGUCUCGCCCGUGGACGGCGCGGUGGGCAGCCCCCUCCACGACCGGUUCAAGAGCGGCCUCUGCUGUCCGACGGACCAGAGCUUUAGCAACUGCGCGUGGACAAACAGCCUGCAACAGAGUGACAUGACAGGAGGCGACUGGGCAGACCACAUCCAGGAUCUCGUCUGCAAGCCGAGGCCUUGUUCUGCUGGAAAGGUCAAGGUUGCCGGCGCCCUCGAUCCACCACCGGCCCCCGGGGCCGGGUCCAAGAGCGAGAUCAACUGUGACGGGGUCACGGUCCCUCCGGGUACAGAUCCAGAAUGGUCGUAUUGCUGUGAUCCGCCGACCAGAUACAACAAGAACUGGCCCGUGCAUCCCAAGUAUCUGUGGGAAAAGUACUACAACGACCCCAAGAAAUCGGACGUGGUCUGGAAAUACAGCGAUGAGUAUCAAAACAACGACGCCGACGCUGACCACUCCAGCGAAGAAGACGGCAGCGACGCAUACGGCUUCGUCAUGCUCGACGGGCCCGAGGGGUCCAUUGACAACGACUUUGCAACGACGCAGACGGUAGUUCGGCGGUCCCGGGAUGUUCCCAGAGUGAAGCGCUCCGUCCUGACCACGAACCAGACCGCGCUCGACACGGUCUUUGACCACUCGGAGGAAACCUUCCAUGUCUACUGCAACUACCCUGCCCGGUCGCGGGAGUGUGGGCGUAUCUUUAUUGACGGCGCCGAAGACACGAUCAUUUCGCUCCCUGACCAUAUCGGAGAAGGCCCGUUUGCCCGCAUUGUAUACAUGAAACCGGCAGACGAAGACUUCCAGCUGCCUGAUCAUCACCUGGAGCACCGGUCUGUCGAGCGCAUCGAGAACCCGGUCUACGAGGUGAAGAUUGACUAUAACUUCCAUCUGAUCAAGCCCAAGCGAGACAGCGAACCCGUGCAGAUGCGAGUGGACUACACCAACCUUCUGGGCUACUGGGACGAGAUGACUGAUUCCCCCGCCAGUCGGAUGAGGCGCAGCCUCGGUGAACGAGGUCUAACUAAGGAGGAAUGGCGCGCUCGUGUGCAGCGGGCUGUUGUCCGCGACAAGACCGUCCGCAAGCGUGACGAGAAGACCAUCCAGGUCAGGACUCCGAUGGCGUUCUCCGGCUCUCAUAUCGACAAGCGGUGGUGGGGAGCAUUCAAGGACUGGCUGAGGAAGCUCACUACCGUGACCAAGUCCAGUAUUGGCGUCAUCCCCUUAGGCUUCAGCCACACAAUCAACCUCUUCCGGGCCCAGUGGGGAUGCCCCGGACAGACCUACUCGGCCAACCUGCGGAUGGAUCUGGAGGCAGACCUCGCGAUGGACGCGACGUAUGCCUAUUACCUCUCUGCGACCUUUAUCCCGCCUGGCAAGCCGGAAACCUUUGCUUACUUUGGCAUGGAGCCCACUGCCUAUCUCGGGCUUCACAUUGAAGGCAACGCCCAAAUGCAGACCACCACGGGCAGGAAGAAGAUUAUCGACACGCUGUCCUAUCCCGGAUUGGCCGUGAAGGGGAUCGCAGCCGUUGGGCCGACGCUGGACAUCUACGGAGAGGCGGUCGAUGCCGGGGCGACCCUCACCUUCGGCAAGGCCGAAGUCUACUGGCCGCAGAACGACGACGCAAAGGACCAGUAUGAGACACUGCUCGGGCUCGAGAGCGACACGGCGGCUCCUGCGCCCGGCAGUAUCGAGCCCAGGUUCGAGGCCGGAGUCGCGGUUGACGCACAGCUGGAUAUCCUCGUCACUCCGGAAGCCAAUAUUGGUAUCAAGAUUGGCGGCGGCAAACUGGUCGGCGGCGCUACCCUCAUGGAUGCCCAGUUGACCGGGUACGUGAUGGGAGACCUGUCCUUCCAGGCACACGGCGACUACGACACGGCGAGUAACUCUUUCCAAUACCGCUUCGGCGCGUAUCUCUUCUACAAUCUAGGAUACAAGGCGACGGCCCAGAUCCUCAAUUUUAUUGACUGGGCCUUGGGUCCGCGCCAGGCAUACACCCCGAACAAGACGGUGAAACUGUACGAGAAGCAGGGCUCCAUCCCCAUGGGAUCGUCGUCCGACCAGCAGGCACGAGAUCUGACAGUCUACGGCCCUGUUGAACGGCGCCAUAUCGCCGCGGAACUGCCGGCAGACGCGAACAUGUCUGCGUACUUGGACCCGGCCACGGGCCUCUUCCGGCGCAGCGAUCCUAUGGACCUGGAUGAUCCCAACGACCCGGAAUUCACUCAGAACCUCCAGUGCCCUCCCGGCAGCAGCGGAGACGUCAAGCUUCCAGAACUCCGAUUCAACUGCGACCUCCUCUGGGGCUUCGUCGAGCCCGCCAGUGGGAAGACGUCGGACGAGACCGACCACGACGCAGGCAAGGUGACGGGCCUGUGUGAGCCAAUCCUCGACAUUCCCAGCAACAAACGAACCGAGGCCUUCACAUUCUCCAACGACAAAGAUCGCACGGCCGCGCGGUACAAGGCGCAAUGCCCCUCGGGGACGUGCAAGCAACCCUCUGCGGAUCUGAACAAGGCCCUGAAUCGCAGAAACCUGCAGCUCCAGUGCGACGAGUUCCCCUGGAAGUCGUCCGAGCAGGGGGGCCACUAUCUGCCCAGCGACUCCCGCAGCGCAACCUGCGUGCCUUCGUUCCAGAACAACUGGCACGGACAGUGCCUCAAACUGAUGGGUCAGUUCCAGUCGAACUGGAAAAAGCUGGAUCCUGAUGCACCCGCCGACGAUGAACGAGAGGACUAUUGGGUCCCAUGGUCGUCACCGCGCUGGACAUCAAUAGGCGAGUAUGGGCCAGAAGGCUCCAAAUACUCGCAGAAGCUCAUAGAGUACCCCACCGCACAGCCGCCUCCCGAUGGGGUUAGAACCCGGAACGACGACAAGCUCUCUUGGGCUUUCAAGCGCGACUACCGCGUCUCGUGGAUCCACCAGGACCCGACCACCAUCACCAGCAGCACCUGGUGGGAUGCCACGGGCAAGACGCUCAAGGGAGGUGGCCACGGCCCCGCGGGCAUGGACGCGAUCCUCUGCGCAGUCAACAUCUUUGGCCAGGAGGACACGUACAAGCUUCCGCAGGGCCAAAACGGACCGUAUAACGCCUACUGCCGCAAGGAAUCGAACGAGAUCAAAUACUGGUCUGUGGACUACAGUAUGGGUACCUGCCUGGUCACGUUCGCCGACGGGACCAGCAACACCAAAAGGGACAGCGGCAGCUGGGCUGGAUGGGAGGUCAAGAGCGUAGAAAUGGUGGACAACGUUGCCGGCGAUCUGGAGGAGGACUUGAGGCGAGCACAAGAGAUGGCAAGGAGGGACCGCCGGCCUUGA